AUGUCCAAACUUGAGGAGGACGUGUCCCGGUUGCAGGCUUUGGCCGCCAAACUGGCCCAAUGGCUACUGGCAGAGGAGGGGUUUGGACGCAGUUUGGACGACUUCUUCCGUGCUCACAGCCAGUAUUUCGAUGAUUACCAGGAGGAGCAUGCUCUCCACUACACGACCUUGCACAAGGAGUUCAGCGCAAAACUGGAGGCGGAGGUUGAGGGCUGGCUGGCCGAAGAAGGGCUGACCACUGAUGACCUGGCCGUGAUCCUCCAGGCUGCCAAGGAGAGCGUGGCUAGCGAGGACCCCAAGGAGGGCAUCGACUUAGUGGAAAUGAUGCUGGAGGCCGUCGACUACCAGAAGUGGAUUGGCUCCAUCUUUGCCAUCAAGAGGCGCAUCCGCGAGCGACGCAAAGUCCGUGCUCGCAAGGCUCCUCCACCGCCUCCGCCGCCCAGCGAAUCCAAAGUUGUCGAUGUGGUGGUGCCGGAGGGCAUACAGCCUGGAGAAUCCCUGCACAUCUCUGUGGACGGUGUGGGCUACGACGUGGUCGUUCCGGAGAGCUUUGAACCUGGAAUGACCUUUCAGGUCAGAGCACCUCAGGGCCAAGUCCAAGGAUUGGAUGACAUAAAGCAAUGCGGGAGGACCUUUGAGCCUUGCAUCGACGGCCUCAUGGACCAUGACAGUCCCUGUAAACGCAGAAGACGGUACUACAGUUACUACAGCAAGUGGGGUCCUUCCUUAGAACUCGCAAUGGCGAGUAAGGCUCCAGAGCUGGUCCGCUGCCCCAAGUGCAAUGUGGCAGGCAGCAAGGAGAGGAUGGCUGCAGAGGGAAAUCACCACAAGAGGUCUUGCCCGCUGUUCCGACCCUACGUGCUCGUGAACUGCAAACUCUGCGGGGUGGCUGGAGGGCCUGCGUGGAUAAUGACAAGCGGUAGACACCAUGCUUGGAGCUGUCCACGGUAUUCCUACAGCGACGCCGGAGAGUGCAAGUUCUGCGGCUUUGUGGGAGAGGUGUCCCUCGUUACCUCCAAGGGACCACAUCAUGCGCGACUCUGCCAGAGGUUCAGCCCAGCUGCAGCCGAUUCGCCCAAGGUGGUAGUGUGCAAGUACUGUGGAUUGCGGGGUUCUCCGUCGAUGGUCACUGGAAUCGGUGAGCAGCACUUGACGGGGUGCCCUCGAAGCACAGCUAAGCGAGCAGAAAGUAUCAGCAAGCCGAAAGAAAACGAAGGCACUUUGUCGAGCUGGUUUGCCUGUUUGGCUUGCUGCAAUGUGGAGCCUUCAGCCGGAGGCCUGCACGAUGAAAUCGUCGUCAAGCACAACGGGCCCGACGACAUCAAGAAAGCCAAUGACAUCGGCGAGGCAGACACAAAUGUGGAAGAGAUCCCUGAGGAGGCGCCUUUGGACAUGGAGCACACGGAGCCGGAGCCGACCGUUUGCUGUCAUUUGGCUAUGAGCUUCGGCGACAAAGCGCAGAUCCCUCAAAGAGGGAUCCGCGGCUUCAGCCACGUUGACAGACUCAGUGCAGCUCUGUUGAUGAAGUUCCGUAGUGCGGUGCAGUGGCAUGUUUGUUGCAAUGGAUUUUGUCAGCUAGAAGAGAGGCUUGUCCAAGAUACCCCUGCGACGUUGGAUCAAGCGAAGUUCGGAAAGUGUCGCUUCGACCUGCUUGUGCUUUGCAGCUCGGGGGUUCCGAUUCGAAAGCCUGCCAUGGUGCUGCCUCCAAGUCCAAAGAGACGCCUGCGUGGCAAGGUUUCCCCCAGCGCCAUCAAUGUCUUCACAAAGGAGAAGCGUCAGCUCACUCUAAAGCAUGCGCAGAGACUGCUUCCCAACCUGUAUGCCUACACAAAAGGGGCUCACUUCGAGGCUGAGGCCUGGCUUCGGUGGCUGCGGGGCUUUCGCCCGGGCCUCCAGCUACCCUCAGUCCAGGAAGCAUCAGAGCUGCUGAUGAAAUUGUCUCAGAGCAGAAGGGUGGACAGCAAACUACUGCCGGCACCUGCUGCUUGGAAGCCCCAGGGGGUGCGAUUUAUGGACGAGCAGGGGGAUGCUCGCGUCCAAAACCUCCAUGGCUUCGAGGAGCAGAGCGGGCUCUUGACAUGGCAUGAGUAUGGCGGCCUCUUCCGCCUGAGGAGACAUCCUUCCGAAAGGGGCAUCUACGCUGUGGAGCGAUCUGCUGCGCUGCAGAGAGCGAGGGCGAUGGUAUCAAGGAGGACAGUUGGAUUACAGGCCGGCAAAAAGUCCGCCUUCAAAUCCAGCAUCGUGAUUGACACGUUGCCUCCAAGCGGCCCGGUCAUGGAGCCGCAGUGGUCUUUCAUCUACUUGCACUCCUUCAGCCAGAAAGGUACAGACUACCUGGAUUUUCCACACUAUUUCAACGUUUGCGGGGCGAACGUUCGGGUGGUUGUACCCACUGCGCCGCUUUUAGAACAGCAGUGCUUCAAGGACUGGUACGUUUGGCGCGGAGAGCGUCUGCAAUGGCGCCGCAUCAAAUUCAACGCCUGGUUCGAUUACCUGACCGACAAGGUCUUCACAAAAAUCCUUUGGUGGCGGUUGACUGUCAUGGCGAAGGCACUGACUUUCGCGUUGUCUGUGACAGCAAUUUCCUUGGCUAUGUCGACGGACAUGGCAGACAUGGAUAAUGCCUUGGCUGCCGAUGGGGAGUGUGCUGCGGGCCAGGAAUGCGCCCUGAACGCUUUGCAGCAGAAGGCAGUAGUUGCCCAACUGCAGGCAGAGGACUCCGUCGAGAAGUUCGCUUCCGCUUUGGAAGAAGGCGAAGAGGAAUUGGCAGAGGCUGAAGCGCAGAGCAAGGUUGGACACACGGCUUCGGAGGCUGAGAAAUGGGGCCCAUCGCCGCCUCCACCGGCCGCCUUCAACCCUUACUGGGGGAACCCCUACGGGCAAAUGCAUCCCGGGUUCAACCCAUACGGCGGCAGCCCAUAUGGUGGCAACCCUUAUUCAGUGCCAGGCCUAGGCGUUGGAGGCUGCCUGACCAAGAUCCAGGGCUCUUCUUGCAUGGUCUUCAGCUGCGCCAAGUCACGCGGGCCAACAACGUGCAACCUCGAGGGCGGAGUUGCCGAGAAUGAGAUUUGCACCAAGAGUCUGCUUGCUGUCCGCGAGAGACUGCAUGGACUCCUGAGACAAGAGGUGCAGCGUGUGGGCGACCCACGCCGCGUGAUCGUUGGUGGAGCCUCACAAGGAUGCUGCGCAGCGCUCGAUGCGGCCUUGACUUUCGAGCAGUUGUCCUUCGUCAUCCCGAUUGCUCCCGUGCAUGCACUACCAAUGGCAACUGGCUCCGCAGAUGGCAAACAAAACUCUGCUGAAGCAGGGUGGCCCAAGGUAAAGUGGGGAAGCUGCUCGAAUCACAAGCAAGAUUGGCGAGCUGCCCAGCACAAGCAGAAGCCAAAGGCAGACAGUUGGAAUGGCCAUCAUGCAUGGCAAGCGUCCGUUGAAUUCGAUACGUGGUCCAAAGGCGGUGGCACCAAGAGUUGGUCGAAGACUCCGAACACCCCCACGCAGCUUCCUGAAGCCGCCGACAGCGUGGAGCAAGGACUUCUCAUUUCCGCAGUGCAGGCACUCUACCGUGAAGAGCUUCUGCCACAGGAUGUCUUGCUGCAAUGGUGGCUGCACACCACUGACGGAGCUCUGGCAAGCUUGGAGGAGAUCCAGACAGCUGCCUUGGCGGCACGGGGCCACUUGCAGGUCCAGCGCUCAACGACUGGAAGGAAGGGCUUUUCGGUCCGGCUGAAGAAUCCGCCGGAGUGGUUCCAUGAAUUCCCCGAGGACUUGAGUGACAAGAUUCCACUGGAUGCGUUCGAUGAAGCUGCGCAAAUGGCGUGUGAAGGUGGCUGGCCACAGGAGGGCGAGACAGCUCACGAGCGCAUCAGACUGGCCGCAUGGCUGGUGCGAAAUGCCCGCAAGAGCUCUCUUCGACAGCUCAGUUUGGGCCGUGCCAUGGCGCUGGUGAACCUUCUGCUUAGCAGCCACAGUGUCCUUGGAAAGCGUCAAGGUCGCUUGGUUCCCUACCACAUGUCGGAGGACUUUGAGAAGCAGGAAAAUUCCAGAUGCAAUCUGCCAACGAGUCUUCGUGAGGGUGAAGUUUGUUUUCGAUUGUGGGAGGAUCUCAUCUCGCAUUUGUGGGUGCUUUUGGCUGAGAAUGGUGGGGAGAUGAUGUCAGCUCGUCUGAAGGUGGAGAUGCGAUCUCGCUUUCAGCGUGAGCUAAGCGAAACCGCACUUGGUCACGUCAGUCUUGGAUGUUUGCUGGAUGAUGAGCGCUUGGCCGAGCACUUCAGAGUGACCAAGCGACCCCCAGCAGCAGACGUGAUUUGUCUCCGCUCAACGUCUCGGCCGCAGUUCGACUUCAAAGAGCCCGUCGAUGCUGAGAAUGCACGUCGCAACCUAUUGGCAAUCCUUCGAAACACUGAAGACAGGACACCAGACGACAAAGUCGCCGUGGACCGGUCGCAAAGUUGGGAGCAGGAUGGGCUGCUGCUUUCCAGUAUGUCUCCUUGGAGCAUCGUGAGUAGCACCUUCCUCGACGGACGGCACAAGGAGAUGCCCAGCUGGUCUUCUCCAGAGAUUGCCACAGUGUCGCGAAUGGAGCAGCCCAUGUACACCGAAGAGGAGGUUUGA